ACACAAAGGAAGGAAACAUUAAUCUUCGGUUAUUACAGCUUUUAUUGCAAAAGUUUUUCCUGUGCUGUUUCACUUUGAAAUGUCUGCAGCUGUUAGGUUGGAUGCACCAAAUUACAGAGCAAUGUCAUCAGCUUCACAUAUCAUGAAGAAGGGAAGGCGUGAGAAGCGAUGUGCUGUAUCAGAAAUGGUAUUUUUGGAGUGUUGCUCCUUUGAAGCUCAACAGGCAGAACGUUCCAGCCCUGAGGAGGAAGAAUCUCCUCAUCUGAAGUUGGUAUCCCUGCAGAAUGCAGAUGGUUCUUGGCCUCACGGGUCUGCCCUAGCCACCAUACUAGGCCUGAGUGAGGCUGAGAUGGCAGCCAAAGCACCAGCCCAUGUGGCCUCAGAUAUAUGGGCAACAGUGUUGGCCAUUCUCUGGCUUCAUUUGAAUGCUGCAGAGCAGAAAGAUGAGUGGGAGCUGCUGGAAGGAAAAGCUGUCCAUUGGCUCCAAAUGAACGCAGGAGUUCAACUGGCUAAGUGUGUGAAGGCUGGUAAUGCAGUUUUGGGAAGCAGAGUCAGCCACCAAGUAUUUGGGCUCUGAGCUCACAGUGUUAUCCUAUGCCUGAAACUGGAACACCUGCUUCUGUUCUUGCUGAAACGUAACCUGCUGCAUCCUCCAUAAGAGCCUAUCAGGUCCUGGGCUGUCAUUCUUUCGAAAGUAUCGGUGCCUUGCUUACAAACUCACUAAGUUCUAAUGUAUCCCAAAUUGCUUUAUUGGUGCACUGAUAUCCAAGCAACCUAUGCAUAAAUCUAUUUAUUUCCUAUCCCGCCUUUAUUUUUAUAAAUAACUCUAGGCGGAGAACAUACCUAAUUCUCCUUCCUCCUCCUAUUUUCCCCACAACAACAAUCCUGUGAGGUGAGUUGGUCAGAGACAGAGAGUGACUGGCCCAAGGUCACCUAGCCUAUGUAGGUUUACUAUUCCAUUUAUAUAUUAAAUUGCAAAAAAAUCAUCACUUAAAAGAACGAAAAUAAAACUGACACCUCAGCUCCAACAUUUCUACUUUAAUUUGCAACCUAAAGUCUAUAAUACAACUUUGGAACAUGAAUAUGUAUCCAUCUUCCACUAACUAAAAGGAUUCUUUCCCAAUCCCAGCAAAGUAUGAAUCCUGAGAUGGCUUGAGAUAAUCAGUGAUUUUCACUGAUCUGAGACAGCAAUAAAGGAUUAAACAUUCUAGUUAAGAAUCAAAAUCCCAAAUCAAUAUUAACCUCAGAAAAAGUUUAGGAUUGGUUGUCAAUUUCAUUAUGUGGGCAGUAUAAAAUAACGGAAGGGAUACUUACAAAAAGAGCCAGUUUGGAGUAGCGAUUAAGGCAUCCGGCUAGAAACCAGGAG